CCGCUUCUACGCACCAAGAGUGGCGUGUAUAUAAGGACGUUGCAUGUUCACGUUCUCCAGAGUUCCCAGAUCCAGCACUAUAGCAGCCCGCCUACUGUCCAUUCACAAGCACAUCAUGUCCGGCGAAGCACCUAUUCUCUUCUACACCGCACCGACGCCCAACGGCCACAAGGUCUCUGUCUACCUCGAGGAGCUCAAGCUCGCCUACGGCCUCCAAUACGAUGUCGUGAAGAUUAACAUCAGCGAGAACACCCAGAAGGAGCCCUGGUUCAUCAAGCUGAACCCUAACGGUCGCAUCCCGACGAUCACCGACCGCGCGCGGAACAACUUCAACGUGUUCGAGUCGGCGGCGAUUCUGCUCUACCUCAACCAGCACUAUGACAAGGAGAACAAGUUCGGCUUCGAUCGUGACACGCAGCCCGACGACUAUAGCGAGAUGAUCCAGUGGAUCUUCUUCGCCCACGGUGGUGUCGGUCCCAUGCAGGGUCAGGCGAACCACUUCAACAAGUACGCGCCUGAGGUCAUCCCCUACGCCAGGAAGCGCUACACCGAGGAAACAAAGCGUCUGUACGGCGUCCUCGAGAUCCGUCUCCAGGACCGCGACUGGCUCGCUGGCCCCGGCCGGGGCAAAUACAGUCUUGCGGACUUCAACGUCAUCGCUUGGAUCCGGUUCCACAAGAUUGCUGGUAUCGAGUCGCUUGAUGAGUGGCCACACCUCAAGGCUUGGGUGGCGGCGGCGGAAGCUCGCCCUGGAUUCCAGGCUGGUAUCCAGGUUCCGCAAUGAGCCAUUGAAGGGUGCUUGAAACGACGAGUGUGUACGAGCACUAAGUAGCCAAAGGUUCCCAGCUGAAAUGCAGACCUGUUCCUUGAAAUGAUGUAAGGCGUAUCUGAGUUGGGUGACGGGUCACCCGUCAUGUUGACGAAGAGGGACAACGAUAGUAGUUAUUGUGCAUGCGUUCAUACAUGGAGCCAGAACUAACAAAAAUAAACACCCUGGGCCACCAGGGAAC